AAGCUACGGCCAAGGUGCACGAUGCUUUGGUCUGUUUAGCGAAAUUCAGUGAGACAGUUUGUAUGGAAGCUCGUGGCGAUAUGCUCAGUCUAACCACGCUGAAUUCAUCAAGAACUUCAUACGCUUCUUUCGCCUUGGAUGCAAAGUCAUUCUUUCUGUCCUAUGACUUCGGUUUGGGACAAGGAGCUAGAUUCACAUGUCAACUCUACAACAAGGCUCUGCUUGCCGUGUUCAAAAGCCGCAUGUCAGACCCUCGUGGUGGUGAUACAUCGAUAGAUCGAUGUGAAGUCAGCGUGGAAGACAAGCCGAACAAGGUGCAGUGCCGGCUGGUUGUCAAAAUGGUUUGCAGGCAUGGUAAGGUCUAUCUUGACCACACGAAGUUCGAGAGCGAGCUGACUGGAGUUCAAGGCGUGACCAAAACCUACCGGUUGACUUACGAAUCCGUGGAAGUAUCGCACGCUCUUUUCGACAGAUACAACGCACCAAAUGGAUGGAAGAUCUCUUCUCGUAUACUCCGCGAAUACAUCGAAUUCUUCGGAACGAAAACAGUACAGCUUGAUUUGCUGGUCAAAGAGGAAAAAGCCAUAUUCACCAGCUUCACAGAGAAGAUCAUGGACGGANAAAGGUAUGAAAGUCUCACUAUGUUGAAAGGUAUAUCACUGAUGCAUGUUACAGAAAUCCUCAAGCAACCGCUAGAAACAGCUAUAUCUCUACACAUUCAGGACUUUGAUGACUUCCACGCUGAAGAAGACGUCCACAUAGUCAUCAAUGUCAAAGACUUCAAGGCCAUCGUAACACACGCCGAGACUUUGAAGACAUCAAUGUCUGCUCAGUUCUCUCGUCCUGGAAGGCCAUUGCUGUUCAGAUAUACAGACAAGGGACUGACUUGUGAAUUCAUACUGAUGACAACCGGUGUCGCCCAAGCUGUUCCGCCUGCAACAGCACCAAAAGUGGCAUCUACCCGCCCAGGUGGCCAAGCUUCGAGGCAACCUUCAGCUGUACCACUGCGACCGUCAAGACAAUCGACGGUAGAUCCGGACGCAUCGACGAGACAGCCAUCUGUAGCAUCAGGCAUGCCUUCAAGGCAGUCUUCGCAUGCGGUGAUACAGACUGUCGAAGGCAGAAACACUGAAAUGGCACCUCCACCAAAACCUGCUUCUGUUGUCGGUCCGCAGAGACGGGUUCUGGGAAAUCUCGGACGGCAAACCUCUCAAGCUACAACGACUUCAAACGUGGACCCCGACCCUGAAAGCCUGUUCAUGCCGCAUGGCGAUCAAGAUGACAGGAGGUUCGAUCCAGCAGAUUUUGACCCAGAGCCAGAAGAAGAAGAGAUGCUGGGCUGGGACGCCAAUGCAAAUGUCGUGANNACUGGCGGUUCCCAUCCGACCUUCCGCGAUGCCAUUACCCGUGAUCCACCACCACUGAGUCAGAGUCUCAACAGAAGCACACAAGGUCUACCGCCUACGCAGAGGCUUUCCCAGGUAAUUCCGAUGUUGCUCUUCACAAUAUUGUGGCUAAUUCAUGUCGCAGAUGAAUGGACUGUUCGACUGAUGUUUUGCAUCGAGAGU